AAAAAAAAGAUAUUUAUAAAGUUGCAGCUAAACCCUAAAUUUGAAUCUCUCCUCGUUCUUUCUCUCUUUCUCUUUUUCUCUCUCUUUAACCGCCGCCGACGACAGCAACAAUGGGUGCCAAGGCGAAGAAAGCUUUGAAGAAGAACAUGAAGAAGAUUACUGCUUCCGCUGCUGCUUCUUCCUCUACUCAGCUAUCUGUUCCCCAGAACCUCAAACCAUCAGCUGAUUUCUUGCCACUAGGAGGUGGUCCAGCUCGAAAAGCUCCAGUGACCAAAGCUAUAGAGAGUAAAGCCACGGUGCUAUACAUCGGUCGUCUCCCUCACGGUUUCUACGAGACUGAGAUUGAAGCUUUCUUCACGCAGUUUGGAACAGUGAAGAGAGUUAGAGUCGCACGAAACAAGAAGACUGGGAAAUCAAAGCAUUUUGGAUUCAUUCAGUUUGAGGACCCUGAGGUGGCGGAAAUUGCAGCGGGUGCAAUGAAUGACUAUCUGUUACUCGAGCAUAUGCUUCAAGUUCGUGUUAUUCCACCAGAGGAUGUUAAACCUAAUCUGUGGAAAGGGUUCAAGUGUCAGUACAAACCAGUGGAUUGGGUUCAGAUCGAGCGUAAACAACACAACAAGGAAAGGACACUGGAAGAACAUAGGAAAAUGUUGAACAAGGUUGUGAAACGUGAUCAGAAAAGGAGAAAGAGAAUCGAAGCUGCUGGAAUUGAAUAUCAAUGCCCUGAGCUUGUUGGAAAUACACAGCCAUUACCUAAGAAGAUCAAGUUUAGUGAAGACGAGUAACCGAAGCUGUGGGAAAACAAACAUUUACGAUAAGCUUUUGUUUUUAUAUGGUAUCUGGUUUGUUGUUGUACUUCUGACAUCGGAUCCAGAACUCAAAACUUUAUUGCAAUGAAUAUGUUUUGAAUCUUAAAUCCUCUGUAUUGCAUCAAUAUACUUCAAUACAACUGGUGCUAGAUUCUCUAAAGUAAAACCUCUCUUGCCAUCUCUAACUGAAACAGUUGCAAUGAGAACAAAGUUUUCACCAUUCCCUACAUCAAUCUCAUACAACUCAGCAAACACCUCUCUAAACACAUACUUCAGCUCUUCAUAGAAUCUCUUACUUGGAGGAAUAACAUUGAUAACAAAAACCCCACCAGAAACAAGCACUCCCCUUGCAGCAAGCAAAACAUCUCUCGCCACAAACUCAACCGGAGGAGCACUCACGCCGUGAAUCGGAUCACUCGAGUCAAGAUCAACCAUCAACACAUCAAACUUUCUCUCAUCAUCAUCAUCACUACAAGAAAGCCUCUUCAAGAACUCAACACCAUCUCCAACAUGAACACUCGCAAACCCUUCUUCCAACCCAAAGUACCCCCUAGCGAUCCUCAACACUUCAGGAUCUAUCUCCACACCUGUAACCUCAAACCCUAACUCUAACUUCAAGAAACUAAGCAACCCUCCACCUCCAACACCAAUACACAACGCCUUUGGCUUACCUCUCAACUCAUAACCAAUCAAAGAAAGACUUGCAACCAUUGGUGCUAAGUAAGGAUGCACAAGCUCCCUAAGCUGAAGCUUAACCUCCUCUCCACUUCUUCCAGGAACAAUCUUGAUUUCGGAUUGAACUAAAUUAGGCAUUCUCUUAAACCUCAACCUCCUCCUAAACUCUCUUACACCUAAAUCCAUCUCAAUCUCUACAUCUUCGAUUAACAUUUCACCUACGUAAGGUCCAACGGAUCUCUCAAUCUCUACUCUCGAUACGACGUCGUCCUCGUAAAUCAGAAAUGGUACUUCUUCUUUGGUUAGCGUUUUGGGAGAGAGAGCUAUAACGAGAGGUUUCAGUCUCUGCUCGAGUCUCUCGUUAUCUUCGGUAUCGGAGGCGCCUCCGAUGAGUAUCAAACGAGAGAUUUCGGGGAGGUUAAGGAGGAGCUGGAGAUGGCCUGACUCGGUGGAGAAGAUCCAAUCGGUUUCUCGGUGCUUCGGGACGAGCAUGGCGGCGGCGAUUCGGGUGGAUGAAUGAAUCGGUGAGUCGAGGACGGCGACUCGGAGGAGAUGUGACGGUGAAUUAGGGUUAGGGAUUGUGAAGGAGAUGAAUCGAGAAGGAGAGAUUGUUUCGAAAAUUCUCACAUCAAGC